AACAAAUAUCAAGAAGAAGAAAUCCCAUGGUGUUUUCCUUCUUGGGUGGAUGGCCUGCUCUGGAUUUAGCCUGUCAAAACUGCUCUAAGACAAGAGCAACGUGGGGUAAAGAGAGAGUGCAGUGUUCACAUUUUUCCGCUUUGUCAUUAAAAGCAUAAGCGGAUCGUUACUUUGGAGUGUGUUCACCGAAGAGCAGAUCGGAUAAGUCACUGACUGGCAUGUUUCGCUACUAGCAAGCUACCAGCACAGAAAGGCAUAUGAUCGCGAAUGUGGUGUUUGAACUUAUUGACACUGACUGAGACCUGAAAAGGCAACAACAGAAACCCGUUCUCCCCUCCCCAGUCUCCUUUUGCUGACCCUCUCUGAAAAACAGCAUUUUCUUUCCACCAUGAAUGAAGUCAGAACACUCAAAGAGGGCUGGCUCCUCAAAAGAGGAGAGUACAUUAAGACGUGGAGGCCCAGGUACUUUAUCUUAAAAAGUGAUGGCUCCUUCAUCGGCUACAAGGAGAAGCCGGAUCUGAAUGACCAGAGCUCACCACCCCUAAAUAACUUCUCAGUUGCAGAAUGCCAGUUAAUGAAGACUGAAAGACCCCGGCCCAACACAUUUGUUAUCCGUUGCCUACAGUGGACCACCUUCAUUGAGCGAACCUUUCACGUGGACACCAAUGACGAGAGAGAGGAGUGGAUGAGGGCCAUCCAGGCGGUGGCCAACGGGCUGAAGAUGCGUGAGGAGGAGGACGAGGAGCCCAUGGACCUAUUUGGCUCGCCCAGCGAGUGUAGCCUGGAGGAGAUGGAGGUGGCUAUGUCCAAGAGCCGCACCAAAACGGUAAUAAAGAAGAAAGAAGCUGAAUCGGCUCUUUCUGCCCUCACUCCCUCCCAGAACAUGAGUGACUUUGAAUACCUUAAGCUCCUGGGCAAGGGGACCUUCGGCAAGGUGAUUCUAGUCAAAGAGAAGUCCACCGGCGUCCACUACGCCAUGAAGAUCCUCCGCAAAGAGGUCAUCAUUGCCAAGGAUGAGGUGGCGCACACGGUUACAGAGAGCAGAGUGUUGCAGAACAUGAGACACCCUUUCCUCACGACGUUGAAAUAUGCUUUCCAAACGCACGAUCGGCUUUGCUUUGUGAUGGAAUAUGCCAACGGAGGAGAGCUCUUCUUCCACUUGUCGCGAGAGCGGGUGUUCACGGAAGACCGGGCGCGCUUCUACGGCGCCGAGAUCGUGUCGGCGCUGAAGUACCUGCACUCACGUGACGUGGUGUACCGGGAUCUGAAGCUGGAGAACCUCAUGCUCGACAAGGACGGCCACGUAAAGAUCACAGACUUCGGCCUGUGCAAGGAGGGCAUCACUCCGGACGCCACCAUGAAGACCUUCUGUGGAACCCCCGAGUACCUAGCGCCCGAGGUGCUGGAGGACAACGACUACGGCCGGGCGGUGGACUGGUGGGGCCUGGGCGUGGUCAUGUACGAGAUGAUGUGUGGCCGGCUGCCCUUCUACAACCAGGACCACGAGCGCCUCUUCGAGCUCAUCCUGAUGGAGGAGAUCCGCUUCCCCAAGAACCUGGCCCCCGAGGCCAAGGCCCUGCUGGCAGGCCUGCUGAAGAAGGACCCCAAGCAGAGGUUAGGGGGUGGUCCUAAUGAUGCCAAAGAAGUUAUGGGCCAUGCCUUCUUCGCGUCCAUAAACUGGCAGGAUGUAAUCGACAAAAAACUCACCCCGCUGUUCAAGCCCCAGGUCACGUCCGAGACGGACACCCGAUACUUCGACGACGAGUUCACCGCACAGACCAUCACACUGACACCCCCCGACAAGUAUAACAGUCUGGACUGCGAAGACACCAGCAAUCAAGCGCAUUUCCCACAGUUCUCCUAUUCUGCCAGCAUAAGAGAGUGAUAGCAUCUCUCUCACACACACACACACACACACACACACACACACACACACACACACACACACACACACACACACACACACACACACACACACACACACACACACACACACACACACACACGGAAACACACACACGGAAACACACACACACACACACACGGAAACACACUCACACACACACACGGAAACACACUCACACACACACACGGAAACACACUCACACACACACACAGAAACACAUGUAGGAGAAACGCAAGGUGACUGUCUGCUGACCUGGGUGUCCAAUCAAAAGAAAAAAAGGAUCUAUAACAAAAAAAAGGAACGGAAAAGAAAGUGCCUGAAACCUGGCAGCCAUAUUGUUUUGAUAUACUGUAAAAAAAAAACACACAAAAAAAACAGACGUCAACAACUCGGUCGUCCACACUACAGACCAGCCUGCUAGCAUGUUGGCUGGACUGUAUCAAACUGGACCCUUCAGUACCUCACUAUGUCAUCUGUACACACACACACACACACACACACACACACACACACACACACACACACACACACACACACACACACACACACACACACACACACACACAAGAAAAUAGAUAUACAAUCAGGUCUACCAUAUAUCUAUGUUUGGGUGGCCUCUAUUAUAAACUGCUGCUGCUUUUUCUUUCUUUUUCUUUCGGUUUCUCCCACCCCCCUUUUCUUGACGGUAACACCAAGCCGUUUAUUUUCAGUAGCUUCUUUUAUAUCCACUCUGUUCUUGCCUUCUUAAUGUCAUGGUCUUAUACGAAGCCAUGCAGAUAUCGCAAUGACUCUUCAAGUGCUCUUUCCUGGAAGCGCCGGCGUCCCCCGGCGGUGAAGGUGUGGGUUGUCCACGAGGGAGGGCGGGACCGAGGAGUGUAGCAUUUAGAGAAUGUGUUUCUUUUUCUCCCCUUAUGGUUGGCUAUGGGAGUGAGAUUCUACUUCUCCUUAUUUUUCUUUAUGUUCGGAGAACACUUUGGCAUGAAAUCCAUACUGAAUGUCAUCGCUUGAUUUGAGAGAAAAAAAAGAAGCACAUAAGGCAGCAACGUGUGUGUGUGUGUGUGUGUGUGUGUGUGUGUGUGUGUGUGUGUGUGUGUGUGUGUGUGUGUGUGUGUGUGUGUGUGUGUGUGUGUGUGUGUGUGUGUGUGUGUAUACAUUAAUGGAUAUCACGUGGUGCCCGGCCCAAGUCCGGUCCGAGAAACGACAAGAGGAAUUAAAGCUCUCACAUUGGGAAACAGACAGAAGAUGGUGGCCGAUAGUGAAGACGUCUCACAGUGCAGAAACGUCAGGAAGGGGUGGGAAUGGGCGCGUCCUUUCUUUUUUAUUUUUUUUAUUUCCUUAUGCAAUAUCAACUUUAAAACAUGUAUUAUCGUUUGAUCUCGUCUACGAAUGUGAUCUCUUUAAUCUAUCGACGGCCAACGCUACAUAGCAAAAGAGUGCUGGGGAAUUGGGGGAAAAUUGCUGAAUGCACAAGAUGUAUAUGUUUUUGUUUUGUUUAUUUCAAUUUAUUUGCAAUGCAAGGUGUCUAAUUCUACCUUCUUUUUUUUUUCUU